CCGGCAGUCAAUGUACACGCAGGCUGGGAGGGGUGGCCUUGUGUGCAAAUGAGUUCUGAAGCCUUCCUGCCUGUUUGCUCAGACUUGUGUUGUCGCUCGGAGCAGCCUGGAAUAAAAAAAUACCCUAUAUCCUGUAUUUGUUAAGCAAUGGUAGAAAGUCUGUUAUGAAACAAAGUUGGUGGUGUUAAGACCUUUCGAGAACAUUUGAAUUGGCAUCUGAGAAGGACGAAUAUGGCUGAGCUUAAAGCAGAACCCCAAAGCUCCAGUAAAGUCAGUCAAGUGCAGGAGCAGGUCAAUGAUGUCAAAGUUAUCCUCAAAGACAACAUAAACAAAGUGUUGGAGAGGGGAGAGAGGCUAGACGACCUCAUUGAUAAAACAGGUGAUCUGCAGGCCACUGCCGACUCGUUUCAAAGGACUUCAGCACGGGUUUCCAGGAAGUAUUGGUGGAAAAACACAAAAAUGAUGAUUAUAAUUGGAGUGGUUGUGUUCAUCAUUGUUUUGAUCAUCAUUCUUUUGGCAACCGGAGUCAUUCCCACAUAACAUCACAGCGUACCAUUUUCAUAUUAAACGUAAGAGUAAAUUUGGUUGUCAUCUAUAUUUAUGACGUUUUUGUUUGUCACUUUGGAAGAAAACUCAUUCCAACUUUUAAUGUUAUGUAAAUACAAUGGAAAUUGUCUGAUAACUUGUACACUGGACCGCUGAGUUUGGGAGAGUUGAUUAGCUUUAGAUAAUCAAUCAACAUUCCACUCUUAAGUGUUUACAACACUGAAAAACAUUAAAAUCCAGCCUCCUCUAGACCUUUGAAACCAUAUAGUGGUUGUAGUUUGUGUGACAAAUAUGACUGUGAAGGGUAAAGGUAGAGAAGGAAGUAAUAUUUGUGACUGUGUUUAGUAUUGUUUUGUCUCUCUGGAUCCUAUUUAUGAUCCAACCUUUUAUUUUGGAUGUUCGUUGUAAUGGUAUUGGUUUAAUGGUAUUCCAUUAAUUAUGAAGUGUAUCUUACACUGAAUGUCGUAGACAAAAUGAAAUGUACAGCCAUACCUAUUCUCCAUCACGAUACGCUAAUUAGCAUGUAAAUACUGAAAACUGUACAGAAAAGACUGCUCAUAAUAAAGAGACACUCUGUGGCAUGCAUUUCA